GCGCAGGGAGCGGCGGGAGGCAGAGGCCAGGGGUCCCGGACUAGCUGCGAGGGCUGUUCUGGGCUGGUGGAGCCGGCCACAAGGGGGCUGAGCAGACCCCAAGGCCCGGGACCACCCACUGGCCAGCCUCAUGCACACGUAACUCCCCACAGGGCCCCACCCCAGGUCAUUCUCAGCAGCCCAGACCCCUGCAGUAAGUCGGAGAUUGGGGGAUCAAAACCACCCACGUCUGCCUCCUCCCUCUGCAGCCAUGUUUAUCAGGGUGAUGUUUGGAGCAGGCUGCUGGGAGCUGGUGAACCCCUGGUGCAGCCUGGUGACCCUCACUGCCCACCUGAAGCAGAGGGGGCAGGUCCCCCCAGAUGCUACCAUAGCUCUCCUGGCUGAGGACGGGAACCUGGUGAACCUGAGCGAGGGCCUGGAGGAGGGGACUUCUGCAGCCCCCUCCGUGGGCAGUCCGCUGCUGCAGGAGAGAGCCACCUAUGUCCUUGUGCAGGUCAUCAGUGGGGAGGACGGGGCCCCUACCCGCUAUGUGUCCCUCUUGGAGAACCUGGAUGACCAGUGUCCAGAGCUGGCAGGUGAGAGUCAGGGUAGAGCUGGGGGCAGGAGAAGGGACAUCCUCUCGCAGUGCCCACCAGCAGGGCUUCCUGGGCCUUCCAGAGGAGCUGCGCUGGCUGUCAGGCCACCCCCUGCCGGGCAACGGCCGGAAGAGACGCACAGGUACUCGGCGUGGCCACCGGGAACAAGAACCUUCUUCAAGGCCCCGAAGGGUGGGCUCUCUGCUGUCCAGGACCCGCUAACUGGGGCCAGGAGCCAGGUACAGAGGAGACAUGGACACCAAGAAGUGGGACCCCAGGGCCAGCAGGUGGCAUACUGAUUGCAUCACUGGACUCCCACAUGGCC